AUGAAGGGUCAGGUCGGUGGAGGUCAGAUUUGUGAUGGCGAUGAUGACGAGGAGGAAGGUCGUGAGGAGCGCCUUCCAUCUUGUUACGACUACGUCAUGCAUUUCCUCACCGUCUUCUGGAAGGUUCUGUUUGCCUGCGUCCCGCCAACAGAGUACUGGAACGGCUGGGCCUGCUUCUUCGUGUCCAUCAGCGCCAUCGGGCUCCUCACCGCCAUCAUCGGGGAUUUGGCAUCGCAUUUCGGCUGCACCGUGGGGCUGCGGGACACUGUGACCGCCGUGGUGUUUGUGGCGCUGGGAACUUCCAUUCCAGACACCUUUGCUAGCAAAGUGGCUGCCAUACAAGACCAGCAUGCCGACGCAUCGGUUGGAAAUGUCACUGGCAGCAACGCAGUCAACGUGUUCCUGGGGAUCGGAGUGGCAUGGUCAGUGGCCGCCGUGUACUGGAGAAUUAAAGGAAAGGAGUUCCGGGUGGAUCCUGGAUCACUGGCGUUCUCCGUCACGCUCUUCACCAUCUUCACGUUCAUCUGCAUGUCCGUGCUAUUGUUCAGACGCCGGCCCUCCAUCGGCGGAGAGCUUGGCGGCCCGAAGUGUCCCGCCUCCUGA